GCCUAUGGAGUUGGUCUGCAUAGACUUUUGGACUGCUGAGCAAGGGAACAAGUCUGUGGAUGUUCUAGUUGUGACCGAUCACUUCUCCAAGAUGGCACACGCCUUCCCAUGCAAGAAUCAGACUGCCAGGCAAGUCGCUCGUCGUCUCUGGAAUGACUUCUUUCUAAUUUAUGGCUUUCCUCGGCGCAUCCAUUCGGACCAGGGAGCCAAUUUUGAGAGCAAGCUGAUUAAGGAGCUUCUAGAGAUGGCUGGGGUACAGAAGUCCCAUACGACUCCGUAUCACCCCAUGGGAAAUGGUGUCACAGAGCGUUUUAACAGGACCCUGGGAGAUAUGAUCAGGUCUCUUCCCCUUCAGUCCAAAGCAAAGUGGCCACAAAUGCUGCAGCAACUUACCUUCUGCUACAACUGCGCAGAGCAUGAAACAACAGGGUUUGCACCCUUCUACUUAAUGUUUGGAAGAAUCCCUCGUCUCCCUGUCGACGUCAUGUUUCAACAUGCUCUCACCAAUGACGCUGUUGUCAGUCAUUCAGAUUUUGUUUCCCAACUGAAGAAGGAUCUGCAUGAAGCUGCUCAAAUUGUGCAGAGGAACAGUCUCAGGGAACAGACUCGCCACGCCAAGUUGUACAACCGCAAGGUCAAGGGCUCACCCCUCGUCGUUGGAGACAGAGUGCUGAUUGCCAACAGAGGUGUGCCAGGAAAACGCAAGGUUGCGGACAAAUGGGAGUCGACCCCUUAUGAAGUAAUCUCAGUUAGACCUGAACUCAAUGUCUACAGAGUCAAGGAUUGCCUAACAGGCAGAGAGAGAGUCGUUCACCGGAAUCUACUACUCUCUGUUAGCUUCCUGCCAUGUGAAAGAGACCUGGACAAUGUCUCUGGGCACUCUGAAUGUGACGCUGCUGCGCAUGGAAGUGAUGUAUGCCCUGACGUGCCUGAUCUGGUGGAAGACAGUGAUGUACGUACAGUCAACUGGCUGAUGCGGACAGGUGAAGAGGAAGUCCAUUCAGAAGAGGAAGUCCAUUCUGAAGAGGAGGAUGACUCGUUUGACUGGAGGUCUGAUGCUGCUCAGUCCGACUCUCUCUCAGUCACCGCGUCCAGUCAGGACAGUCAGCGAGUCCCUGAAGAUGUUGACUAUGCUGCUGUUAAUGGUGCGGAAGGCCCACCACAGUGCUCUGAAGAUAUAGUCACUGACACAGAAGUUGCCCCUCCCGUAACUGUCCAUCCAGAUGUGACCCCUUUGGACACUGACUCUACUGACAUGUCCCUUCCUGACAAUAUCCCCACAGACGUUGCUUCUCCUGACAAAGACCCUCAACAAGACAUUGACUCCCCGGACACUGAUGCUCCUGAGACAGCCAUUCUUGACACUGAGUUUCUGAACAGUGACAUUCCAGGCCCUUUAGCUCAAGCAAUUUGCACACAGCCUGGCCGUUAUGGUCUCAGGGAUCGUAGUCUCAUGAACCCUACACAACGCCUUAUUUGUCAGAUGAAUAAGCAAGUAGUAGAUGAGGAUUCUGCGUCCACAGUAUCAGUUAAUGCCUUGUUUAAGUUCUUUAGAGAUGCAAUUUCAGUUUGAGUUCUGAAAGUAUUUGACCAAAGAAGAGUCUAAGUAGAACUUGAAGCUACAGGAACAACAUAUUGCAUUUCGGAGGUGUAACAGGCAUCUCUGAGUCUGUUUAGUUAGGAGAUUGAUCACCUUCUUUCUUUCCACACUCCUUUUUGAGAGAGUUUUAGAACUGACAUGCACGCCAGUUUUAUUCCUAGUAAUGCACUUAUUAUUUUUGUUUUUUGUCUCAAGUUUUGCACUGCACUCCUAAAUUUAGCAGAAUUUCAGGGGGGUGUAUGUAACGGGUAUAAGAAAUACUUUGAUUAUUUGAGUGAAAUUCCUGCUAAUAUAUGUAUAUUGUUUGUUAUGCAAUGAGAGGUCCAAUUGCGCCAUCUGCUGGUACCUGAAAGUCUGUAAAUAUGACCGCAAACCGGAAGCUUAUUGACAGACUUCCUGUUCUCUGCUAAUGGUAAGCCACGUUCUGAUAUUGCUCCGCAAAAUAUUAUAUAUUACACUAAAGUUUACGUGAGAUUUAUUGUAAGAUACAGUUAUUUAAUAGCAGUUGAAAUGCUACGUUGUGGAAUUUUCGUUUUGAAUUGGUUGUUGCUCACGUCAGAUGUAUUACUAUUUUGCACUGAAGUCGAUAUUAUUUUCCCCCUGUAGACAUCGAAAUCAGCAGAGGUGCUAACCACAUAUUGUGUGUAUGUGCGUUCUGAUCACUCAUUGCAGCUACCAGUAAAGAACCAUAUCAUCCAAUCCAGCCUGUGUGUGGGUUCUUGGCGGGACGGGUACACAGCAGUUACAUAU